CCUGAAACAAUGACGUAGAUGCGCACGAGAAGCGAUGCGGAUUUGCGCAUGCGCGCUGUGAGAGCUAAAGGACAAUGAAGUGUGAUAUUGUUUCAAGCACAUUUGGACCUUGGUCAGUUCACGUGUAUAGAGUUGCAUUGGGUUUGUUUUAAUGUCUCUUUCCUCUGAACUGGAUUUAUUUACUGUGAGAAGAGGAAGCUGACUGAUUUAAAGUCUAACCGGGAUCUAAAACCUUGUGCUAUUGGUUCUUACUCGAGGAGCAGCAGCUUUAUAGGGAUUUCAUGCACAAUGUCUGAGGUUACCAUCACAAAGAGAAAGGAAAAAUGUGAAAAUUGCACUAAACAGUGCAAGAAGAAACAGGGUGAUGAAGCUGAGAGUUUACAGCAGGAUGGAGAUGUUGCCAAUGGAGAAGUGAGCGGUCAGCCUGUGUUGUUGAGUGCGUGUCUCUCCUGUGACGGCUGUGUGACCGAGGAAGAGAACCAGAAAAUCUCCCAACAGAGCCUUCAGGAGAUCAACCGUGUACUUGCACUGAAUAAGAAGUGUGAUUCCUCGAAGCACAAAGUCCUGGUGGUGUCUGUAUGUCCUCAAUCAUUGCCAUUUUUUGCUGUGAAAUUUCAUCUGGACCUCCAGGCAGCUGCCCAAAAGCUCUGUGGUUUCCUAAAAAGUGUGGGAAUGAAAUAUGUGUUUGACACAACAAUGGCUGCUAGCUUCAGCAUCCUGGAGAGUAAGAGGGAGUUUGUUCAGCGCUAUCGACGCAGGCAUAGCGAUGUCCAUGCUAUGCCAAUGUUCACCUCCUCGUGUCCAGGAUGGAUCCGUUAUGCAGAACAUGUGUUGGGAAGUCUGGUCACUCCGCACAUCUGUACAGCGAGGUCACCUCAGCAGGUCAUGGGCUGUUUGGUCAAAGAAUACUUCGCCAGGCAGCAGAAACUGAGCCCUGAGCAGGUGUUCCAUGUGGUGGUGGCUCCUUGCUUUGAUAAAAAGCUGGAAGCAGUGAGAGAAGAGUUUUACAACAGUUUGCUUCAGAUCAGAGAUGUGGACUGUGUGCUUACAUCAGUGGAAAUUCUGCACAUGAUGGAGCAGAGUAAUGUCUCUGUGGACGAUGUUGAACCUCUUCCUCUGGAUCAUGUGUUUGGCGAGAUCACUGACACAAAGUUGAUGAGGCACGAUGGUCGAGGAUCCGAAGGCUUUCUAGAGCACAUUUUAAAAUAUGCAGCUAAAGAGCUCUUUGGCUUGGAUGUUAAUGAAAUCAUAUACAAGACCCUCAGGAACCGAGACUUCCAAGAGGUGGUGCUAGAGCGUGACGGAGAGACGCUGCUUCAGUUUGCUGCAGUCUACGGUUUCCGGAACAUUCAGACUCUGGUGCACCGCAUGCGGAAAGGCAAACUACCCUACCAUCUAGUGGAAGUUCUGUCCUGUCCUGGAGGGUGUAUGAGUGGGCGUGGACAGGCAGAGGGAGAAGGAGGAAGGCCUGAUCGUGCUCUAGUCCAGCAAAUGGAGGAAGUGUACAGCACGCUGUCCGUCCGGCUUCCUGAAGCCAACCCUGUAAUCCAACGACUCUAUGAGGACUGGCUAGAGGGAGAAGACUCUCCACAUGCCCAACUGACUCUACACACUCAUUACAGCAACCACACACAGUCCUCCCCAAACACCCUCGGCCCUGAUAUACAGUGGUGAUGGAGGCCUGAAAAGGGACCUGUUUUAUCUCUGUAUAUUAAAGCAGAGUUUCACAUCAGGCAAACAAAUGGAUCCUACAAAAGUUUAGGAUGUGGCUUUAAAAGACAUCCUGUUAUAGGAGUCAUGUAGCAGUCAAUCACAUGUGCUUUUUGUUAGGUUGUGUUCCUGAACAUCAAUGAAUUAUAAGGGAUAUAAUGAUAUUGUGUGUCUUUUAAUCUUAGACUAAAAUUCUUCUGCACAAUCACAUAAAACCAUAAAUAAAUUAAUCAUAGCUUUGGAAUACAUGACUCUUAGUGCCUGUCUGGGAUUGUUCUGAAAAUAACAAAGUGCUAAACCGAUUAUUGGUGCCACAGCAUAAUAAAAAUGUAUUCAUUGAAAUAAUUAAUCUUAGAAUAAUUUGUUUAUUUUAAUAUAAAACUAUAUGGUUUAUUAACCAAAAGCCAGUUGCUUGUCCUGGAAAAUGCUGUUAUUUUAAUUUUAUCAACAAGGGAGCUACAAUACUUGCCUUACUCAAGUAUGUUCGAAAAUGUUUGCAUACCAUCAGAAAAAAAUAAAGAAAAGAUAAAAUAAUGUAA